UUAGAAAAAGAGAGAGUGUGUGUGUUCGUGCGUGAGAAAAUCUCAUCGAUUCUCAUCCCACAGAGACAGAUUGAGUUUCAGAGAGAGAGAGAGAGGGUGAGUGAAAUCUCAUCGAUGUGAAUUUCACAGUGAUAGCUUUAGAGAGAGAGAGAGAGAGAGAGAGGCUUCUUCGUCAUUCUUGUCCGUACACGUAUGAUUGGAGAGGACGAUGAUGAAGGACGAGACUGCAUUUCCUGAGUCCGUGAGACUCCUAUAAAAAGCCGAGUCUCAGAUCGACUGGUUUGUGCAUUUGAGUUGCGUAUUUCGUUACUGAUUUCAUUGUUAAUUUGGUUCCGGAUUUUGCCGAAAAGAGGGAGCGAGACAGAGGGAGAGAAAUGAUCGGCGGAGACGAGGCAACGAAGGCGCCGGCGGCGGGGGCGCCGCAGCCGCUGGAGUGGAAUUUCUCUCAGGUAUUCGGCGAACGGGCGGCUGGGGAAGAAGUUCAGGAAGUCGAUAUCAUUUCUGCUAUUGAAUUUGAUAGAACUGGGGACCACUUAGCUACUGGAGAUCGUGGAGGUCGGGUGGUUUUAUUUGAAAGAAAUGAUACAAAGGAUCAUUAUGGACAUCGAAGAGAUCUAGAGAGGACAGAUUAUUUAAUCAGUAGGCAUCCUGAGUUCCGUUAUAAAACUGAGUUUCAGAGCCAUGAACCUGAGUUUGACUAUCUUAAGAGCUUGGAAAUUGAGGAGAAAAUUAACAAGAUUAGAUGGUGCCACGCAGCUAAUGGUGCCCUGUUUCUUCUCUCUACCAACGAUAAAACUAUCAAAUUUUGGAAGGUCCAAGAGAAGAAGGUAAAGAAAGUAUGUGACUUGAAUGUGGAUCAUUCAAGAGCUAUGGGAAAUGGUCCAGUUGUUUGUUCACGUAAAUCAGCAAGCUCCAAACAGUGCAUGGAGAAUGGAGGAUGUAAUGAAAGACCCUCUGGUUAUUCGAGCAUUGAUGCUUCACUUCCAUCUGGGGGUGUCCCGCCCUUACGUCUGCCUGUGGUAGUGACCACUCAUGAGACAAGCCCUGUGGCUAAGUGUCGAAGAAUCUAUGCUCAUGCACAUGACUAUCAUAUCAAUUCUAUUUCGAAUAACAGUGAUGGUGAAACUUUUAUCUCCGCGGAUGAUCUGCGAAUAAAUCUUUGGAACUUAGAAAUUAGCAGUCAAAGUUUCAAUAUUGUUGACGUGAAGCCUGCAAACAUGGAGGAUCUCACUGAGGUGAUAACAUCAGCAGAGUUUCACCCUACUCAUUGUAAUACGAUAGCAUACAGUAGCUCAAGGGGUUCGAUCCGUCUUAUUGACAUGCGACAGUCAGCUUUGUGCGAUACUCAUAGCAAAUUGUUUGAGGAGCAGGAAGUGCCUGGUUCAAGGUCUUUUUUCACUGAGAUAAUAGCCUCAAUUUCAGAUAUUAAGUUUGCUAAAGAUGGAAGAUAUAUACUUAGUCGAGACUACAUGACUCUUAAGCUAUGGGACAUAAAUAUGGAUCGUGGCCCAGUUACAACUUUUCAGGUUCAUGAAUAUUUAAGACCUAAGCUGUGUGAUUUAUAUGAAAAUGAUUCAAUCUUCGACAAAUUUGAGUGCUGUCUAAGUGGAGAUGGACGUCAUGUGGCAACAGGUUCCUACAGCAAUCUAUUCCGUGUGUUUGGUUGUUCUGAAGGCAGCACAGAAGCAACAACAUUGGAAGCCAGCAAAAACCCUACGAGGAGACAAGUCCAAACACCAACAAGGCCUUCUAAACCUCCGGGCACCCUUCCCCGUGUCCUCAGGCGAGGAGCUGAUACCUCUGGGGCGGAUGCUAAUGGAAGUGCUUUUGAUUUCUCCACAAAGUUGCUACACCUAGCAUGGCAUCCAACUGAGAACUCAGUUGCCUGUGCUGCUUCAAAUAGCCUCUACAUGUAUUAUGCGUAAAGAUGGUCUUGGAAGAAUGUACUUUUGCCAGACAAAAGCUCUUCUGGGUUGCUUUGGCAAAUGCUGCUUUGCCUUCUGCCCCAAACUGGUGAUGUUUAAUUCUGCGCCAUUUUUUCAGAAUACCUAACACUUACAAAUCUCGCCUUUCCCAAACCUUAUGAUUUCAAUCUGGGGGAUGUGGAAACUGUCAAGGAAAUGACUUAACCUUUUGCUCCAGGCAGGCUAGACAUUGCUGUUUUGCUAUUUCUUAAUAGGUCAAAGAUCUGAUAUUUACUCUUCUGCAACUGAAAGAAAGGGUGCGCAAUGGUGCUGCAGGUUUCAGACCAGUGGGGUCCUAACAUAAAAGCUAGGAGACGGAAGUUUUAUGUUGCAUCAAUUCUUUUUGAUACCUGGGCCUUCAACCUUGUAUUAUUUGAACCCAAAUCAUAGGGAUUGUGAAAUUUUUAUCAUGAUUGUUGUUGUCGUACAUUCUAACCAUUCUUUCUCCUCUUUCAGAAUUUGCUGAUUUGUUGUUAUCCUUGAAUUUGGCUUCAGAAUAGAACACCUCAUGGGCAUCCUUUCAACCCAAAUGUGUGGGUUUUAUUUGAUAGGUCUAUUUUUCU